UCCCUCUCCAGUCCCCCAUCCCAAACCACGGUGGCCACGGCUUCUUUCCCCAGCUCUCCCAAGACUCUACCCCAAAAUCACCGCAAGAAUCACUUCUCUUUCCUCGUGAGGACGAAGCGGAAGCCCUCGUAAUCGCCGUCGCUCUUCGGAUCUCCUUCGAGAUCCAUCGCAUCGAGAGUCGCCGAUCGAAACCUGUGGUUGUUCGAAGAUUGUAAUCUGCCAAGGACCAAAUUCUUUUAGACUUUAUGCAUGUCAGCCCUGGGGACCUUUGCUGAUGAUGUGGAAGUACCCUCUUGUUCCGGAAGUGCUGGAGACAAAGAGUACUUGCUUAGUUUUGCCAGUGGACAGGAUGCUCUUUCUUCCAGCGCACACAUUGGUUCUACGGUUGGCGAGCUUAUACUUCCAGAUGGGGAUACGUACUGUGGAACACUGUUGGGCAACAUGCCAGAGGGUUCAGGAAAAUACAUUUGGUCAGAUGGUUGCAUAUAUGAGGGUGAAUGGAGAAGAGGGAUGAGACAUGGGCAUGGGAAGAUCACAUGCCCUUCAGGAGCUGUUUACGUGGGAGAAUUUUCUGGUGGUUACAUGCAUGGUAGUGGCACAUAUAUUGGUCCAGAUAAUUUGACCUACAAGGGACGGUGGAAGUUAAAUCUCAAACAUGGGCUGGGAUAUCAAACAUAUCCAAAUGGAGAUGUCUUUGAAGGUUCCUGGAUUCAGGGAGUAGUAGAAGGGCCUGGUAAGUAUGUUUGGGCUAAUGAAAACAUCUACAUCGGCAACAUGAAAGGAGGAAAAAUGUCAGGGAAGGGAACUCUUACUUGGAAAAAUGGGGACACAUAUGAAGGAAAUUGGCUGGAUGGCAUGAUGCAUGGAUUUGGAGUCUACACCUGGAAUGAUGGUAGCAGCUAUGUUGGAACAUGGACCAGGGGUUUGAAGGAUGGACAAGGGGCAUUUUAUCCAAAAGGAUGCAAAAUUCCAGCUGCGCAGGAGCUUUACAUCAGUGCUUUAAGAAAGCGAGCAUUGUUGUCAGAUUUGAAAAGGCAAAACCAUGGGUCACGUAUCCUUCAUUCUUCUUCUGUUGACAUGGGAAACAUGAAGGUUAGUCAGACUAAGGGGUCGGGUAGUGGUUUGUCUGAUAAUCUUCCCAAAGGAAGCCUAAUAAGUUUUCAGCAAUCUCGCUCCCAAAAUGUGUCUCUGGAAAGGCGUUGGAGUCUUGAGGUUGCUAUUGAAAAAGUUAUCGGACAUGAUAUAUCAGGAGAAUCUGUUCUAGAAAAUGAUGAAAAGGUGGCGGAUACAAAUGUCCCAAUCGUGGAACGGGAAUACAUGCAAGGUGUACUAAUCAGUGAAAUAGUAAUCAACAAUAGCUUUCCAAUGUCUUCUAAAAAAGCAAAAAGACGUCAAAAGAAACUGGCAAGAGACAUAAAGAAGCCUGGGGAGACAAUAAUAAAGGGUCACAGAAGCUAUGAUCUGAUGCUCAGUUUGCAGCUUGGAAUCAGGUAUACUGUAGGAAAAAUUACCCCAAUACAAAGGCGUGAAGUUCGUGCAUCAGAUUUUGGUCCCAAAGCUAGCUUUUGGAUGAGUUUUCCUAAAGCAGGCUCACAGCUGACACCACCUCAUCAUGCAGAAGAUUUUAAAUGGAAAGACUACUGUCCCUUGGUUUUCAGAAAUUUGCGGGAGAUGUUUAAGAUAGAUGCUGCAGAUUACAUGAUGUCCAUCUGUGGAAAUGCUGCACUUAGAGAACUUUCUUCUCCUGGGAAGAGUGGUAGUGUCUUUUUUCUUUCUCAAGAUGAUCGGUUCAUGAUUAAGACGCUCCGCAAAUCUGAAGUAAAGGUUUUAUUGCGGAUGCUUCCAAAUUAUUAUGAUCACGUGCAUAGAUAUGAGAACACGCUCAUAACAAAAUUUUUUGGUCUCCACAGAGUGAAACCUUCUAGUGGGCAAAAGUUCCGGUUCGUAGUAAUGGGAAACAUGUUUUGCACAGAAUUGAGAAUUCAUCGAAGAUUUGAUUUGAAAGGGUCAUCCCUGGGACGCUCUACGGACAAAGUUGAAAUUGAUGAGAACACAACACUUAAAGAUUUGGAUCUAAACUACUGCUUCUAUUUGGAACCUUCUUGGCGUGAUGCUUUACUGAAGCAGAUUGAGAUUGAUAGCAAAUUUUUAGAAACGCAAAGUAUAAUGGAUUACAGCCUAUUGUUAGGUGUCCAUUAUCGAGCUCCCCAGCAUUGGCGAUCGCAUCUAUCCUAUUGUCAAAGUGUGAUGGCAGACAGAUUAACUGUCCUUUCAGAGGAAGAUGUUCAAGAGGACGAGAUUUUUAACUACCCACAGGGCCUUGUUUUGAUUCCACGUGGGAAUGAUGAAAAUAGUGUUGUUGUGGGUCCUCAUAUCAGAGGCAGCCGCUUAAGAGCCCCAGCUGCCGGGUUUGAGGAAGUGGAUCUGCUACUUCCAGGCACAGCAAGGCUACAGAUCCAGCUUGGGGUCAACAUGCCUGCAAGGGCAGAGCAUAUUCCACCAGAAGACAAAACCCAGUUAUUCCAUGAGGUGUAUGAUGUGGUUCUCUACCUGGGGAUCAUUGACAUUUUGCAGGAAUACAACAUGACUAAGAAGAUUGAACAUGCUUACAAAUCUCUUCAAUUUGAUUCCCUUUCCAUUUCAGCAGUGGACCCUGUAUUCUACUCAAAGCGCUUCUUGAGAUUUAUUCGAACUGUCUUCCCCGAAAGCCCCUAGCAUGUCCAAAGUUGCAUCAAUUUUCCAUUUCUUAUAAUGAAACAGUCCGCAAUAUUACUACAACUGGUGCAGUUUUUUUUUUUAUUUUUUUUUUUAUGCAAAGAAUCAAGUCAUAAUGUAUCUUAAUCAUUUUUCAUGCAAGAAAUCUGGGGAUGAGAGCUGCCUUAUUUUCUAAUAUUUAUAUCUAAUAAUCUCCGUAUUUUAGUGCAUGCUGUUAAAAGUUGGUCA